AAUAAAAAUCAAACGAAAUUCGAACUCUUGACUGCAACUACUUCAAUCAACAUCGCACUCAACAGACCUGUCGGGUUUUGGGGCAAAAUUGUCGGUUCGCUGUGUGUAAUCGCUGGUGUACUGACCAUCGCACUGCCCGUCCCUGUAAUCGUCAGCAACUUCAACUACUUCUAUCAUCGCGAAACGGAUCAGGAGGAGAUGCAGAGUCAAAAUUUCAAUCACGUCACAAGUUGUUCAUAUUUACCUGGUGCAUUGGGCCAACAUAUGAAGAAAUCUUCUAUGUCCGAAUCAUCGUCGGAUAUUAUGGAUUUAGAUGAUGGCAUCGAUGCUACAUCAGGCUUGACUGAUCAUCCUGGCCGACAUUUAGCUCCAUUUUUGCGAGCACAGCAAUCAUUCGAAAAGCAACAAUUACAGUUGCAACAACAACAGAAUGGCUUGCGUGGCCAAUCGAAUACACUGCAAUUGCGUCACAAUAGUGCCAUGGCGGUCAGUAUUGAAACUGACGUCUGACUACUGGUACAGUUAAAGAAAGUUCCAAAGUUUUGUUAAAACCUUAAGAAAUCUUAACAAAAUCCUGGCGAAAAAUUACCGAACUCUGAGUUGAUGAUAUUUUAAGGAUGCCCCUAAUACACUAAAGAUGCAAAGCUACUAAAUUAACUGGUACAAAAUGUUUUCCUGCAUUUUCUUGUCACCCAAAACCUAUGUAAAUAAACAUCUAAUCCCAACAAUUAUGUAACUAAAUUUGUAAUAAUUUUUCUAGUAAAAAACCUGAUAAACGGCCUCAAUUGGCAACGUGAAAUGCAGCGAUGGAUGCCAGAAACGUCAUCGAAAGCGGUCUAAACCGCUUCAGUGCAAAAUGAAGAAUCGAAGAAGCAGUUGAUGAGAAAGCAUAUGUCGAAAUAUUUAGAAUAAACUGAGAAAACAAGAAACAAAAACCCAAAAAAUAAGCAUACAAAAAUAAAACAAACAAAUAUUAGUUAAAUUUAUUGUUAGCAAUAAAAAAAAACAGAAAAGCGAAUAAUUUUUUUAGAACACAUUUAGAGAAUAUCAUAUUUAGCUACAGAAAAUUUAAACUAAAAAGCAAACAAAGUAUUAGCGGCUAUUACACAAAAAUUAAAAAUACGAGCAUACAGCAAAAGAAAACUUCAUUAAGGUGAACUCAUUUACAUAUUUAUUUAUUUUUUAUUUGUGAAAUCUAUUUGAGCAACUAUGUAGUAAAUAUAUAGCUUACAGUCAGGAACAACAAAACGAACAAAAUCAUUUAACAAACACACAGUGCGAAUUGUACUGGAGAGGAUGUCUACAUGCCCACAAACAUACCAUCUAGCAACACACAUCAAACGGAAUUAAAGGCUAGCUGACAGUUUUGAGAAGCUCAGCUUUGAGAAAAUGAAGAGUUACAAUUCAAAAUUCUUCCCACUUCAGUAUUUUCGAAUUCAGAAACUUUUAUCCGGGUUUGUUGUCCGGGUCUUGAGCUUUCUGGCUUGGAGUCGUUAUUCCUGAAAUUUAUUUUAAAUUCCUACGCGGAAAUUUACCAUUACGGCAGGGGCUCAGCCCACUAAACUUUCUAGCAAUAUCUCUCAAAAACUAUAUUAUGAUCGCCAUUCAAUAAACGACUUAAGUCUUGGUUAACUUUUUCCAUUUAUCAGUGGUUUCAGUUAAGAAAUAACUUGCAUUCUUCAGUUGGGUUAGGUUAGGUUGAAGUGGAUGCCUGCUUUCAAUAUAGCAGUGGGUGCAUUGUAGUAUCGAGUGAGAGCUCUUACGCGAUACCAUAAAGCGCGAGAAUUCAUGAAUGCCUGCUUCGCUUAGUUCGUGAGACAGACGUAGAAGCGAUUGCGAAAUUAGCGUCUUCUUUCCCACGACAGGGCAGGGCAGUGACAGAGCUAGUGUUCAACACUCUCAAUUUCUUCCUCGUCGCGGCAGCUACGGCAGAAGUUAUUGCUCUUAUCUAUGUACCAGCGAGGGCGCUCUAACAGAACGAGUGCGUCGGAAAUUUUCUUGUCAGAGCUGAGCCAGACUUGUCGAGUCGUUGAUUCUCAGCUAAAUUCCGAAUGUAUUUUAAAUCUUUAUCGAGAAAACGUCCCUAAGUAAUUAAUUUUUUAAAUCUGUUCAGCUGUUCGCUCAAUAUAGGCAACAAAAAAACACAACUCCAAUAGCCACAUAGUCGACUUAAUCGAUUACCCAUACAAACAUACAUACGUACAUACAACCAAGAAAAAUUACGAUAAAUUAAUCAAUAAAACUGCCGUUACGUUAAAAAAAAAACAAAUAUAAAUAAAACACAAACAAGUAGACAAAAUGCUCGUACUCGCAUACAAACAAUUAAAAACAAAGCAAAAACAACAACAACAAAAAAUGCCGAUACAAGAACAUAAGCGAGUAAAUUCGAUGCCAUAAAAAAUUAACACUUUUUUUGUAAAUACAAUAAUAAGAAAUCAACUGCAAAAAAAAAAAACAACCUAAGUAAUACUUAGUCAACUGUAACAAACGCUGAGCGAAAGUAACAAACAAACAUACAUAUAAAUUAUCAAUAGCGCCAGAAAAUUUGUAAAUUAUAAAACUAAAUAUUAGCAAUCUAGCUGCAUUCUUAAAUAUAAACAAUUUCUUUUUUUGAGUCUAACUUUUUGUUCGAAUUGUGUAUUAAAGUAAAUACCUACUUGUUAUUAAGAAAUAAGGAAUCUUCCAACAAGUUAUUAGCUAAAUUAGAAAUCAUGAAUUAUGUAUAUGAAUUUAGUGACAUACGUAUGUACAUAUGUAUAUUAAAAAAUUAUUUUCGCUUCCCGAAAGUCAUAUAUGUAUGUAUAAUUCUUCCCCCGAUUUUUGCACAAGAAAAAUUCAUGUCUAACGCUCAAACCAGCUACAUAUAUAACUUUGGGUGCCUGGCAUUGCAAUCAAAUUUAAAUUGUGUGAUUAAAUAUACGAAAUGCAGCUUUAUUAAGACUUACAACUGUUUUAACAUUGCAAAAAAAACUCUCAUUCGUCAUUUAACUUUAUUUUUGUACUGGAAAUCGACUCGACUCGAAAAAACAUUGCUUAAAAUUCCCCUUACAAGCCGUCAAUGUCCCAUAUCAUUCUGUCAGAUUCGUCCAGUUCUCAGUGAGCUUUGAAAAGAAAAUAUGGGCUGUUUCAAAAUCGCUCCGAUUCGCUUGUAUAGCAGUCCGCAAAUUUCAAACCAAAACAAUUUUGAACAAAAUUAUUUGCUUCCUGUUUUUAUUAAAAAAUGUUUUAUUUUAGAUUUUUUUAUAAAUUACGGUAUUUUAUUAAUUUCGUUAUAAAGAAGUAGUUUUGGAGUCCUAAUCAAGAAAAAACACACCAGAAAACUAAAUCUGCCCAUCGUUUUCUUGAUAUGAACUAGACGAAAAAUCGACCGCUGGCCGAAAACUGUCCAAGUACGCAAAAAAAAUUAAGCUUUUGAUGCACGGACUGGAUAUGGAACUAUGUACUUAAAGUUGAUAUCUGGCUGUUUGUAUGGGAUAUGGGAAAGUAAAGAUGACCAGUGUCCCCCAAAUCUAAUAGUAGUUCCAAGGCUAAGAAUUCUGCAAGUUCUCUAGGAAUUUCACAAUGGUCCCAGUGGGAGGACAUCUGGGAAAGAUUCUGUACUUAAUCACGCAGAGGUUCUUUAGGUAGCAGAGGGGAUCGCUAACUGUGCGGAGUGCAUUGCAGCUAAAGAAGCGAAAUCCACAAGUCGUGGCCAGAUGAGAGAGCAUAACUCCGGUAAAAUAUUCGAGCGGAUUUCCAUGGAUCUGGCCGGUCCAUUUCCUAUGAGCAGUUUGUCAUACAAAUACGUUCUCGUGGUUGUGGACUAUUUUAGCAGAUGGCAUGGUGGAACUACGCAAUCGGAAUUUAGAAUAGUAUUCGAGAAAGUUCGUGGGCAAAUAUAAGAAACAUUGGUAUGUUCACAUAGCUUUGCUGCUGAUGAGAUAUCAGCCAGCGUACAACAUUCUAAAAGAGCAACUGAGAGAAAUACAUGUCCUUGUGAGAUAACAUACUCAAAUUAUGAGUGAUAUUAUGAAGGCUAGGUAUGAUAAAGCGACGAACUCCGAGGGUUUUCAAAAACGAGAUUUAGUAUUGCUGUGCGAUCCGCAACAGAAAAAAGGUUUGUCCUCAAAAUUACAGUGUAACUGGGAAACAAUUCAGACCGUUGGUAGGACAAGAAACAACAUGAAGGGUGUCCACUUGGAGAGCGUUGCAGCGUUUGGAACAUCAAAUGAGUGUUAUCGAUAUGAUCAGAAUUAGAUGGAGUGCAGUGUGGCGUAUACGGCGAACAUGCGAAUAAGAGUUCAAAACUGGCAACCAGAGAAACACAGAACAUUCAGUGGAAGACGUAAAAUCUUUUAUUGGCAAAAACAUCGAAAAAUCGAUAGCCUCAAACAUCGAUGCUUUUGCAGCACUAUUCGAUGUCGAGAAAUUUCAAAACGUUCCAGAAAUUUCAAGGAACGUGCGAAAUAGCAACACAGCUCCAUGGAUUUGGGUAAUCUUCGGUUAAUUCAAGGAUAAUUGCAACAAAAGGACUGGUGUUGCAAGACUUAAAAUGGCAGAAUUAGUAGAUUCAAAAAUACUAAAGCCAACAUCUUGACAUCUUCCAUAUUUUCAAGAUACCAGCCGGAAUUUUACCCAGAAAUACCAAAACAAAAAUCGCACUUAAACAAAUUUUAUGCAGCUUGACUGUUUCUGGCCAGUGGGCAAUUUUUCGACGAUGCUGGAAUAUUUUUUUAUAUUGAGAUGAAUUUCAUGUGAUUUUAAUGUUAUUGUAUUCGUAUCUAUGUGUUUGAAACUGUAUUAUUAGCAUUACAUAUCUAGUGAUUCCUCGAUACCUGUACUCGCAAGUAGAUGCUUGAUAUAUUUUCCCCCGAAGCAAGUACUAUUUUACUCGAUGCUUUUUUGGAGUUUAGUAAUCGGUAUCGAUACUUUUUUUUAAAUAUUUGCUGUAUGAUAACGCUUUAACCAUCAUUCAUCAUAAACUCUUCCAUCGUGUCAAAGUGCGUCACGUAAUUUCAAUUUACCGUUAUUUUUUCAUGUUUACUUUGCUUUUUACUUCUGCGUUUAUUGAUUUUGAAUAGUUAAGAUUUUGCAAUGCUUCCAAUAUCUACUACUUGGAAAAAGUUGACUUCAAUAAACUUGCAGCAUCUUGUUAUAAAAUUUAAUGUGCGUAUUUUGUUGUCGGGGCAUCAUCUAUCCUUUGGGAAAGAGAAAUCCCUUUAAUGUGCCUCGGUUUAUUGGAAAUGAUUUUUUUUUAACUAAAUGUAAAAUUAUAAUUUUUGUGUUCAAAAAUAAAAAAAAAAUUCUGAUUUUUAUAAUUUUAAUUUUUUACUCGUUACUUGAAUAUACCUUUUACCGCUAAUUAUUCAGUACUUGAUGCUUGACCUUUCUAAAAUAUCCUUUCAGUUGUAUAUGUUUUGACCAAACAGUUAAGUUACAUAUAUAUGUAUAACAAUUGCGAGACGAUUGCUUUCGCCGAGAUAUGUUGCUGAUGCUCAACUGAUAAUCUUCAGAAAUGCUGCAGAAAUUGCGCAGUAAAAGUUUUUAUGAUGAACUGAUUGUAAAAAUGUGAUUCCUCUAACGCUCAAAUUUUAGUGCAGAACGUUAUGUUCUUUCAUAAAAAGUAACACUGAAUAAUUGAAAAAGUCCUGACUAACAUCCUUAUGUUUUUAUAAAAUUUUGUGGGAGUUGUAAUUCGAUAAAAUCCAUCAUAUAAAUCAAAAAGCGAACUUUGAGUUUUUUAUUUGUUAUGACUUUUUGCAUUUCAGUGAUGAUUUGUUUGUUACAUCUUUUUGACUUUCAGGUGACGAUAUAAGAAUACUUUCUGUAAAGUAUUGUGUACCGGUUUCCCCUCGUCCCUUGUCUUGACUUUCUCUAAUGUCGUUUACUUUGUUUCGCCAUUGCUAUUUAUUGAGGUAACGCUUAACGACCAACAAUUGUUUUGAAGUUUUCAAUUAUCUUAAUUUUGUUCAGCAAAUCGAACUCUUAAAAAUGUUGUAGAGACGCAGUUCAAAGGCUACAUACUAUAUGUAUAUUUACAAUACAAUUUGACAGGUUCAUAAAUUAGUACGACUUUUUUGGUAGUGGUAACCAGUGAUGCCAACUGGGGGAGAAUCCCCCGAUUUUGGUGGAAUUUGAUUUUCUCGAGGAAUCAGGGAAUGGCUUUAAAUUUUAGUGGAAUUCAGUAUACAAACGAUUUUUAUUAGAGCAUUCCAAUUGAGUAUAAAAUUACACCUUGUAAUAACAAUAUGUUGUUACGGUGUUACGGAUUAAAAACAUAACGAAAUUGCUUCAUGCAACCGUGUGGACGUUAAAGAAAUAGCAACCGCGCGGAGCGACACUUUUAACUCACAUUCUUAGAUCUCACGAUGGUCGGCUCGACGCUCACCAGAACGACCCGUAUACUCCGGCCAAGGACCAUCACUCCAGCAUAUGUACAUCCCCGAAUAAACAACCAACCAAUUUGGGGACUACAUGCUGCUACAACAACAAUAACAACACUUUAACUUGACGAUUUUUCCAAAAUUAAUAAGAAAAAAACUGUAGUCAGAAAUAGGCUUGGCAUAGAUACUUUGGAGGCAAUGGUACUUAAAAUACAACUAUUUGAAAAUAAAACCUCUCUUGAUUUUAGAUCGACUUGUAGACAAUUUCAAAAAUUUCAUCAAUAUAUGAUAGAUAUGUAUGCUUUACGAAAUUUACUCAGAAAUGAGAAUAAAUAGCCUUAAAUACAUAGUGAAUGUUAUUUUGGGGGAAAUCCACUGAAAAUAGGCGAAGUUUUUCAGGAAAUUUCGGGG